GCCGCCAUGUUCCUGUGUGGUUGCUGUGAUGGAGACGCGGCGCUUCGGUUUUUAAACUUUCUGUUUUAAAUUCAGAAAAUCCUCUGAAAUCCACAACAUCUCAGACCUGAAGCAGCAGAGCUGUACAAUCACACAAUGCUUCUAAAAACACGGCAGAACUGAAGGCGUGGGAUCAGAGAGCAGUGCGCGCUCCUGUCACGCCGCCGUCGCCAUGACGACCCCGGGGCUGCGCAUCGGAGAUCAGCUGGUGCUGGAGGAAGACUAUGAUGAAAACUACAUCCCUUCAGAACAAGAAAUCCACGAGUACGCCAUCGAGAUCGGCAUCGACCCGGAGCGAGAGCCAGAGCUGCUGUGGUUGGCCAGAGAGGGGAUGGUGGUGCCGCUGCCGGCCGAGUGGAAACCAUGUCAGGACGUCACUGGUGAGGUUUACUACUUCAACUUCACCACGGGUCAAUCCACAUGGGAUCAUCCGUGUGACGAGCACUACCGCCGCCUGGUGGAGCUGGAGCGCGAGCGCAACCAACACGCCAAAGCCCCUCCGACCGCCGGCACCGCUGUAAAGAAAGACAAGGAAAAGAAGAAGAAGAAGGAGAAGAAAGAAAAGAAGAAAGACAAGAAGAAGGAGCCAGAGGGAGUCAGAGCUCCAGGGGUGUUGGCUCCUCUCGCUCCUCUCCGCAGUCUGUCUGAGGCUCCUGUCGCUCCUCUCAGAGGUUCUCUGGGCGUCUCGUCUGGACUCCAGCCGCUCAAGACGUCUCUCAGGGCUGGCGCGUCGAGCUCUGCUGCUGUCAGGAGCGUUCAGGAGGAGAGGAGCGCUGAGGAAGACGAGGAGAUCUCAGAGGAAGAGAGGCCGCAGGAUUCAGCCGGACUCCUGCAGAACCUCCAUCUGGAUCUGGACGCUCUGGGAGCAGGACUGCAGUACGAGGACAGUGAGGUCAGUGUGACGAUUCCUCCUGAAGAAAGAACGGAACCUGAACUGCAGGAUUUGGCCCUGUCGAGGGAUCACAGUCCAGAAUCACCUUCAGAGGACUCGUUGCGUGGACGUCACCUCCGUUCCACAGCGGCGGGCGGCAGCAGCGCCGCUUCACGACCUCUGACCCCGGAUGCUGCGGCGUCCAGCGGGUGUGAGGAAGACGAGCAGAUGAGCAAAGACAAGAAGCAGUCAAACGAUAAGGACAUCAGAGAUGAAGAGACAGAGAACGAUGAGGAGAUCGAGAGAUUCAGCAGUCCUGAGGAGAAACAGAAGGACCAGACGGAGGAGGGAAUAGAAGAAGAGAUUAAAGAUGAUGCAAAGACAGGAGAAGAGAGCGAACAGAUCAGAGAUGGAGAGACUGAGGAGACUGAUGAACAGAUUGAGAGAUUCAGCAGUCCUAAAGAGGAGGAGGAGAACCUGAUAGAGGAAGGAGAUCAGACAUGUGAAGACAAUAGAGAAGAUGAAAACAGACAGAUUAGAGAUGAAGAGACGGAGGACAGAGAGAGUGAGGAGGUCGAGGAGCAGAUCGAGAGAUUCAACAGCCCUGAAGAGGAAGAGAAGAACCUGAUGGAGGAGAGAACAGGAGAUCAGACAGAUGAAGAAAACGGAGAAGAUGAAAACAGACAGAUUAGAGAUGAAGAGAACAGAGAGAGUGAGGAGGUCGAGGAACAGAUCGAGAGAUUCAGCACUCCUGAAGAGAAACAAAAGGACCAGACAGAGGAGAGAAAAGACGAGGAGAAAGAUCAGACUGAGAGUAAAGAUGAAGAAAACCGAGAAGAUGAAAACAGACAGAUCAGAGAUGAAGAGACGGAGGACAGAGAGAGUGAGGAGGUCGAGGAACCGAUCGAGAGAUUCAACACUCCUGAGGAGAAACAAAAGGACCAGAUGAAGGAGACGAAAGAUGAAGAGAAAGAUCAGACUGAGAGUAAAGAUGAAGAAAACAUGGAAGAACAGAACAGACAGAUCAGAGAUGAAGAAAAUGAGAACAGAGAAAGUGAGGAGGUUGAUGAACAGAUUGAGAGAUUCAACAGUCUUGAAGAGAAGGACGAGAGGACUGAAGACAAAGAUGAAGCCGAGAUUAAAGAUGAAGAAAAAAACAUGGAAGAACAAAAUGGACAGAUCAGAGAUAAAGAGACAGAAAACACAGAGAGUGAGGAGAUUGAUGAACAGAUCGAGAGAUUCAGCACUCCUGAGGAGAAAAACCAGACGGAGGAGAGAACUGAAGGAGAUCAGACAGAGACCAAAGAUGAUGGAAACAUGGAAGAAGAGAUGAUUGAAAGAGACGAACAGGAUGAAACACACAGACAGGACAAUCAAACUAUUAAUAGAGAAGAAGAGGCUGUCAGAAGUGUUUACUGUGAGGAGGAGGAGAGGCUUUCAGAGCCGCAGGAGCAGAAGGAGCGUGAGACAGAGGAGGAUAAACAUGAGGAAGAGCAGAGAGAGAGUGAAGGAUGCGUCUCAGAGGUGUGUGAGGCUCAGAGCGACGAUGAGGAGAUCGAACGCUUUCACAGUAACAGCUCUCGCCCUCAAUUAACACGCGUUAAAGCAGGGAAGUUUGUGCCUCAGUGGAAUCCAGUGUCCAGUGAGGAGUCUGAGGACGGUAAAGCAGCAGCAUCACUCUCAUCCGCUGAUAAUGUGCAGACUGGUUUCCGCUCCAAACUCUCAGAGAAUGUGUUUGACCUGCUGGAUCUGUCGCCUGCAGUGGACAGGAAGGAAGUGGAGGGCGAGGCAGAUGUGGACAGCUGUGUGGAUGUCUCUGACUCUGCAGACAGGCGUCUGCUUAAAAACGUGACGUUAGCUCAGACGCCGCCGUCGCGCUCCGCUGCCUCCUCACCCGCAGAUGACAUCAUCAGAACGUCGUCACAUGACCAGAGACCGACGACCGCCCGCGGCAGAACCGACACCGCUGACCACGAGAGGACGGAGAGAGAGAGACGAGUACGAGAAGAGCGGGAGGAAGAGAAGCGCAAGCGUGAUGAAGAGGAGAGGAAGAGGCGAGAAGCUCUGAAAGAAGAGGAGAAACGUAUGCGUGAUGAGGAGAGGAAGAGACGAGAAGAGAGGGAGGAAGAGGAGAAACGUAAGCGUGAUGAAGAGGAGAGGAAGAGGCUGCAGGAGGACGCAGAGAGGCAGAUGGAGGAGGAGAGGAGCAGACUGAUGGAGGAGACGCAGAGGAGACUGCAGCUGCUCAGAGACGCUCUGAUGAAGGACGAGGAGGACGAGGAGCGCCGGGUGAAGGAGGAGAGUGCUGAGCAGCUCAGGCUCAUGAAGGAGCAGAUACUCAAAAAGAGACGAGAUGAAGAGGAGCGACUGAACAACGACAUGCACACACAACUACAGCAGCUCAGGCUUGAGAGUGAGGUGAAGCUGCAGGAGAUGCGCUCAGAGUUGGAGGUGGAGCGGGAGAGGGCGGAGACUCAGAGGAGGCGGGAUCUCGAACACUUGAGGGAGGAGUUAGAGGAGGAGCUCCGGUUAGAGAGGAGGCGGUUACAAGAGAAGAAGGAGGAGCAGCUGACCUCCAUCAGACUACAGGCUAAACUGAGUGACACACAGAAGGAUUUGAGGAGCACACGACCAGAACAACCUUUAGUAGAAUACCAGAGAGAGCUCACAGAAGUGCUGCAGGAAGUCCGGGAGGACGUUGAGCGAGAUCACAGGAGGAAACUAGAACAACUGAAGGAGGAACAUCAACAGGAGCUACAGAACCUGAGAGAGACACACCUGGAGCAGGAGAGCAGUGAGCGGGAGCGUCUGCUGGAAUCUCUUCAGAAGGAAAGAGACUCUCUGAUCUCCAAACACACAACACAACUACACAAACUACAGCACACGCUGGACACACAGCUGCAGGAGAUGCGCAGGACACACUCACAGAAGGAGUCAGCGCUACAGGAGUGGAUGGAGAAGCUGGAGAUACAAACCAAAGAACUUCAAACUCAGGAGGCCGAACUUCAGUCAAAGGCAUCAGAUCUGAGGAGGAGGAGACAGCAGCUGUGUGAGGAAGAGGAGGACCUUCACAGAGGAUUACAGUCUCUCCCACAGCUGCUGAAGGAGCGUGAUGAGCUGCGUGAGGAGCUGCAGCGGAUGAGAGCAGAUCUCCAGAGGGAGAGACAGGAGCGAGAGCGACAGAGAGACGAGAACAGCAGGAUGAUGGAGGAGCGACAGCAGCUGGAGGCCAGAGUCACACUCCUGCAGGAGCGAUGUGAGCAGCUCACCUCCAGAGUCAGUGAACUGGAGCAGAGGAGCAGAGCAGAGCAACUACAUCAGCAGGACGGAGCAGAGGAGGAGCAGAAGAAGAAGAGCAAGAGAAAGACAGAGAACGGUCUGCGUUUGGGGGAUCUGGAGGCUCCGCUGCUGCGGUCAGACGCCAGCGACACCAGCGUAGACGACGUGAGGCAGUACAUGUGGAAUGAGAGCGUGUCUCUCUUCAGGGCUCGUCAGUUUCUGGAGCGGCAGAGCGCUCACAUGUCAGACAGACAGGCGGCGCUGCGGGCGGCUCACAGCAGUCUGAAGGACCCCACGCCUGGGAGCUCAUCACAGCAGAUCUACCAUAACCUGCAGCAGGAGGUGAGGGAUCUGGCUGAGCUGAGGGAGACGCUUCAGAAGGGUCAAACACUCCUGAAAGAAAAAGAGGAAAAACUCAACCAGCUUGAAACAUCACUGACUGAAGAGGUGUCAUGUGACGACGCUGAGAGGUCAGCUGAUCGGAAAGUGACAUUUGAUGUGACUGAGUCAGAGAUGAGCAGCGUGUACAGCCCAGAGGGAACAGUUCCAGUGAAGGUGCAGCAGUUGGCCGACUCUCUGCAGCUGAUCUCAGGUCAGCUGAACUCUGUGUUGGGAGCUUUGGGUUCAAUAACUCACAAACAGACUCCGCCCCCUCUGACCACACCUCUGCUGCCCCGCCCAUCAUGGGCAUGGCCUGCAAACCCCUCCCCGUCACUGGCCAACGGACUCGCACACAGAGCCACAGACACACUGCAGACACGCUGGAGCGGCCUGAGCUCAGAAACCAGCAGAGCACACAUGACCUACUCAGGAUACACACCACCGAGUCUAUCCAGUCUGCGUCCAUCAGAGGUCGAGGGUCAGCGGCUGCAGGGUCUCAUUGAAGGAAACAAACGCUGGCUGGAGGCUCAACGGAAGAACCGCAACAUUCCUCUGUUCCCGAACCUCAGAAGCGCGUCCAGCAGCGGCGGGUUAGUUCAGCUCAGCCUCGACGACAACAACCAGAUUAAAGUUCAUCACUACUGAAGCGGCUCAAAUAUAACCACACGUGUGUUUCUCAGGACGGCUGAAGAUCGUCUGUGUUUGACGUGUUUAUGCGCUGUAAGAAUUGUGGAAGAUUUAUAAGCUCAGAAGCAGUUUCACAAAGCAGUUUUGUCUACAUUUUCAUAUGUAUAGCUGUGUGCAAUGUGCAGAUCUCAUUUGUACCAUAUUUUUGUAAACAAUAAAUUAAUUUGCUACUUGAGAAAUAA